UUCUCUCCCCUUUGUUAUCUUCUCUGCUAGCUUACUCUCAAGGCCAGCAAUGGCCACCGGAGGCAACACCGUGGAGAGUAAGCUACCAGCGGAACUGCCAUUAGACUUUUUGAAGAAAAUUACUAAUGACUUCUCCGACGAGCGGCUACUUGGUACAGGUGCAUUCGGAUCAGUGUAUAAGGGGAUUUUGGAAGACGGCGGAGUGAUUGCUGUGAAGAGACUCGGAGAAAAUUCACCUGUGCCUUCUGAAAAAAUAUUUGCGAAUGAGGUUCAAAAUAUGAUGGUGCUGAAGAAUGAAAAUAUUGUAAAGAUGGUUGGAUUCUGCCGUGAAACACACAAAAAACUUGUGACAAUCGGCAACAGACAUAUUAAUGCAAAUAUCACUGAAACUGUACUCUGCUAUGAAUAUUUUCAGAAGGGAAGCCUUGACAAGCAUAUUUUUGAUGAAUCGACUACCGUUGAUUGGGAAGUACGCUUCAAAAUAAUCAAAGGGAUUAGCAAGGGUUUACAGUUUCUACACAACUUGCCUAGACCCCUUCGUCAUUUGGGUCUGAAGCCUCAAAAUAUAUUGUUGGAUGAUAACAUGGCGCCCAAAAUCGCGGAUUUUGGGUUCUCCAGAAUCUUUGAUCAAGGUCAAACCCGAAUGAAGACAGGAAGCGUCGUGGGAACUGUUGGAUACAUGGCCCCAGAGUAUAUGUAUCAUGGUGAAAUCUCAAACCGGUCGGACAUAUACAGUUUAGGCCUAAUAAUAUUGGAGAUCACAACGAGAGAGAAGAAUAGUUCCAGCACUGACCAGAAGCAUGCGAGGGAAUAUAUUCAAGGAGUCACAGAAAAUUGGAACCUGGAGCAAAUAAUGGUCAAGUACCCCGAGUUAGAUGCAGAUGGCAUCUCUCAAGUGGAAAACUGCAUCAGGAUUGGUCUACAAUGUGUGGACAUUGAUCAGGAGAGCAGACCUACCAUUAAUGAAAUUGUCAACAUGCUCAAUUCAUGAAUGGGGUGGUUCACAAGAUAUCAUUAUAUUAAUCAUUACUCUUAAGGUCUCAUCUACGGGUAUUGUCAUGAAACAUUGCUGCGAAGGAGACAAGUCCAAGAUGAAAUAAAAACAAGCUCCAUUAUUGUUACCGCAGCUUUGGUUAUUUUUAGAAUAAGCUCCUUGCCAUGUGAUUGUUGAAACAUUGAAAUUUCAUUUCGUUUGGAGAGUCCUACUACGGAUAUUUCCUUUUUAGACAUUGGUGUUUUUGCUCCUGA